AUGGAUAUCGAUCCACCCAACUUGUGCUCGAAUUUGAAAAGGUCCAACAGUGCCCCCAUGAUCAAUGAACUGGGCAAUGCAUCUACUAGCUCCCAAGGCGGACUCGGAUCCCGUGGCUGCAGCACUCCGGUCGUCCAACGCACUCCGAGAAUGACCCAGACUAGAAGGUUCAGCGGCAGUUUCAGCCCUAGUCGAUCUUCCCACUCUCCCACUGCGCCCCUGUCUCCUCUCGUCCUCCAUCGGGUGUCUCAGAUCAAACAGGAAGAAUCCAUGGACGUCGUCUUUCGAGAGGCCGCUCACGAGAAAGAGACCAAGUCGAAACUCCAGAUCUCCCACUCGCUGGAAGACCUGACUCUGGACGAAGCGUCUUUCGGCGAAAGCGGCGGCAAAAGUCGUCAGGCGGUCACGGAUCCCCUGAGAAUCCACACUUCUCAUAUCGUCAUGUCUUGCAGUUCUCCUUCGCCGACCAACACGGGGCGCCAGUGCUUUUCUCCCUCCACCUGCCUCCCCGUUCAGCACAGUGCCUUUUCCUCUACCCCCAGUCCCAGCCCCACACGCAAGAACUUCACCCGUUGCAGCCAGAGUCCCAUUUCUCUCAGACCUAGUCAGUUGUCGCUGAAGAGAAAAUUCGACAUGGACAGCGACGACGGCGAGUAUUUUCCCAGCAAGCAUCCAAACACUGGGAUGUCUUCUCCCGAGACGGAAAUAGGGGGCAAUCCCCCCCAUAUCCAAAAUUUGUCUUUCAAUUCGAUGGACACUUGCAACAGCUCUGAUCAGAGCGAUUCCCGCAGGAGCACGGAUUCCAUCUCCAGCUGCAUGAACUCUCCCUACGGUACUUUCAAACCGGUCGAUCCGGCCCCUUCAAACCAGAAAUCUUAUCACUGAGGAUAACUCGGGCGUGUUUGUGCGGUACUUUUCCUCCGAAAGCUCGGUUUGGCGGCUCGUUUACUUUCUACCUCGGCAACUGCAGAAAAAUUGCUUAGAGCAGUUUGCGAUAUUUACGAGUGUAAUGGCAACCCUAGAAUUUUCAAGUUGUUGGACAAGUUGCCAAC